AUGUUGGUUCGAAGCAGUGUUGCAUCCGGACGUGCAUUGGCACCAGUAGCCGCCAAUGCAUCAGCAUCAUCAGCUACUCGCCAAUUUGCAGUCUUGUCUGACAAGUACUCGCCAUUAUUCGUAAAGAGAAAGGGCGAACAGGUAGCAUCAGCUCCUAUAGGAAGAAAGACCGUAUCCAAGACUAGUCAAGGAGUCACUGUUGCCACUUACGAUGAUAUGGGUCCCGUAUCCACCCUGGCUGUCGUCUUGGGAGGUGGUUCAAGGCACAAUGAUGCUCAUCAUCCUGGUUUGGCUCACAUUGUCAAGACUAGUCUCAUCAGAAAUCUACCCGGAGACAACAUUGUACGAACAAUAAGGGAAACUGAACUACGUGGUGAUACUCUCAGCACUGAAUUGACUCGUGAAAACAUUAUCGUCCGAUCAGAAUUCCUACGAGAUGACUUGGUCGAUGCCGUCCCAUUAUUACUCAAAUCAGUCUUCAACCCCCACUUUUACCCAUAUGAAUUCCUAGACACCAUGCCCAAGGUCGUGGCUGAAACAGCGGCUUCUCUGACCGACCCAUCCACAACAGUCUUGGAAAACUUGCAUAGAGUAGCAUUUAGAACAGGUCUUGGAAACCCUUUAUUCGCCUCUGAAGAUUCUCUACAUGGAAUGACCCGUGCCCACGUAGCCGAAUUCGUAGGAAAAUACUUUAGCCCAGAACGAACUGCCAUUGUCGGAGUCGGUAUUUCACACGCUGAUUUGAUUGGUCUUGUCGAAGGAAUAUUGGCCAGUGUCAAGUUAGGCGGCUCUCAAGCAGCUGCUACAAUCCCAGCUACCAAAUACUUUGGUGGUGAAGCCGCUGCAGAAGGUGGACCACACUCGGAAGCUCAUGUAGCUGUAGCAUUCCCUAGCGUCGCAUUCACCAGUCCAGAUUAUCCCGUAUCUCUCGUCCUCCGUGCUUUACUAGAUAGCACUCCACGAACUCUAUAUGCCACUGCUUCAUCUGGUCUGUUGUCUCCUGCCAUCACUGCCGAUACAUCCGUCUCUGCCAUCCACGCUGCCUACUCAGACGCUGGAUUGAUUGGCUUUUAUGCUAAGGGUGCUUCAUCCGACAUGAAGACUGUAGUCCAAACAGGUAUUCAGGCUCUAGCUUCUGCUGCUGCUGGUGUCUCGGAAUCUGCAUUGGCCAGAGCCAAGAAGGUGGCUAUCGUAGAAGCUGAAGCUGCUUUGGAAAACAAGGCUGAAAAGGUCGCUGACCUUGGACGACAGGUCCUGUCUUCUAUUGGUGGAUAUCAUACCAGUGCCGAUUUGGCCGAUGCCAUCUCCAAGGUUUCGGCCCGUGAUGUUGCCAAGCUCGCUUCAACUGCCGUCAAAGCCAAGCCCAGUAUGUCCAGCUACGGAAACUUGGGUCUAUUGCCAUACUUGGAUGAAGUGAAAUUAUGA